ACAUGCCAGAUUUAUGUCUCCAUUGCCUGGAAUUACUGAUUCCCACAGCACUCCCCUUUCCACCUUCCGGUGUGGCCCUUGGCCUUAGACACCAUGUUCUCCUACGCUUUCUCUACUGCCAGUACAUAUUUUCAUUUACCAGUGGAUGAAGAGGAGGAUAGAGAUAUUGAAAACUACGAACGAAGAUACCUGACAUGGACAGCAGAGCCCUCAGGCCUACCCACCACCGACAAAUCAUACCCAACCUUGCACUCUGCAGACGCAGCAGACACCGGCCGUUACGACACGCUCAAGGAAGUCUUGGAGAACGAUGACCUAUACAAAGUUUUGGGCAUUGCCAAGGCAGCCAACCUCGAUAAGGUGGCCCUUCGUCGCGCGUACCUCUCUCGCAGUCGUGCUUGCCACCCAGAUAAAUUUCCUUCGGAGGCCAACGCCACUCUAGCUUUUCAAAAAGUGGCUGUGGCAUAUGAUAUUCUCAGUAAACCUUCCUCCAAGCGCCUAUAUGAUUCACGUCCUCCCUCAUCUACCUACGAUGUUUUCUCUGCGCAUCCUGCUGGAUAUGCAGAAGAAACCUUUCGCAGCGUGGUAAUCGGCGUCUUCAACGAUUUUCUCGACGGAGAUCUCGAAGUCAUUCGCACGCUCCUCAAAGCUAUCAAUGAUAUCAAUCCAGCACUCAGUUUAGGCGAAGAUGGCAUCAAUUCAGUCCUUCUGACACUCCAGCGGAUACGGCAGCGCGCUUUGACCUGUCGGACGUGCAUAUAUGCGCUUCACAAUGAACUUUGCCGUCUUCUGGAGAUCCAACACGCCCUGCGCCAAUUGUCAUACUUCGACCUUUUCGGUCGUUCUCGUCUCACCGUACGGCUCGCGCGCAUCACCCUUCGUCUUCCCAUAGCCGUAGAAAAAGCCAUAACGGAUCAAAAUAUCGCUUAUGGCGCCACAGACGCAGAUCAUGCUGCCGCCGCAAUACUUCCCAGUAAAGUCACCUUGCUGAUCCGCGGUGUCGAUAUUGCCUUGGAAAGAAUGGAGAAAAUCCUAUAGGACAUAUCGUAAUUGUUUUCAUUCAGCUUGUUUCUCUUGGUCGACCACUGUAUCUGGUAUUUAUGAUCCCCAUUACACUAUCUAAUUAGACAUUCUAUUGUAGUGUAUUUAUAUGUAGUUUUACAGGUAGAAACAUGUGUGGGCACAGGUUUUAACAGCACAUCCUCGCUUGAAUCAUAUGUGGCUUAUAGGUUGUUCCCAUCCGCAAAGGCAAAACGUAUCAUAAUUGUUAAGUACCUUACACAGUACAGUGGCAACGACCGGAGAACAGAGGUACAUGUCA